AUGUCAAAUAUCAGAAUGUUAAAUGAGAAAGAGGAGUCAGCGGGAGAUGUUGAAGUAACAUGGGUGGAUCAACAACAUAUUAACGAAUUCAGUAGAUACAAUGCAAAGAUCGACGACCUUGAAAUUCAAUACGAAAAACUAAAGCAAGAAAAAGAAUAUUUGGAUGAUGUGGCAAUGGAAUUGGAACUAGCUGAUGAGGAUGAAGCUGUCAGAUAUAAAGUCGGUGAUGCUUUUGUACAUGUCAGUGCGUCAGAAGCUAUCGAAAGAGUGGAGAAAGACUCAGCGAAACUGGAAACGGAAAUUGAAGAU